AUGGUGGGUGAAUCUUCCAUCUUAGUCGCCAAAGACAGUGUUAGAAAGGUAUUUAUAGAGAGAAAUGGAAGUGUAACAUCUUCCUCAAAAGGGAAGACAUGUCAGGAACAUGCAAUUGGUGUGGCUGAUGGUGUUGGUGGUUGGGGAGAUAGUGGUGUUCAUGCUGGAUUUUACUCUCGUGAACUCAUGUCCCAUUCGGUAGAUGCUAUUCAGAAGGAGCCUAAAGGUUCAAUUGACCCUGCUAGGGUGCUGGAGAAAGCACACUCAAUUACAAAAGCUAUGGGUUCCUCUACAGCAUGCAUCAUCGCACUUACUGACCAGGGUCUUAAUGCUAUUAAUUUGGGAGAUAGCGGGUUUAUGGUGAUCCGUGAUGGGUGCACUUUAAAUGGAUAUGUACUAUGCCAAGAAUAUGCCACUGGAGAUUUUGCCCAGAUAUAA